UUGCGAAAAAUCUGUUGCUGGCUGAAAGUCUGGAGUUGCGACACAGAGCCGAGGACCAUAUCAGUAAGGCUGCUCUACGCCUUGCAUGCCGUCUUGUUGAACUCACCAACCCAUGUCUCGCUUAACGUCGCAAUUGAGUUGUGACGGAGGCUCCCGCAGCUUGGUUUGGGAACGCCACAAAGCGUCCAGACGAGCCUCGAGCCAAAAGAGACACUUCGGCUGAGCCCAAAAGGGGUAGGCUCCUGUCUGGCGCGUGCCGUCGACACGUCUUUCUCAGCCGUGCCACAGAAGCCUCUCAGACUCCUUUUGCCCGUGUGUGUCGGCGACACCGCUGUGCUACUGGCAAUUCGCCAAUGUAUGUAAAGAUGCCCUGAGGUCUCGCCUUAGCUGUGCCUCUGCAGGUAGGUGUGAUGGACGUCUCUCGUCGACCUCAAAAAGUGUGAGUGGAUCCUUCGUCUCUGCUUAAAAGAUGGCCGUCCUGCCCUCUGCAUCUCCUUCAUUCUCGCCGUCCGCACUGGAUUGUCCUCAUUGAGCCGAUACAAUGGCCGCUCAAAAGAAUUUGAAGGGUAUUGUCGUUGAUUCAACAGAGGUCCCGGCAUGUCCGCACCCACAGGGAAACCCCAAUCAGGAAAAGCUCGACGAGGCUCUGCCCGCGAAAGCAUGGCCCAGAGAACCCGUACCUCUGGUGCCAGACACAAAGGGUAAAAUGUUCAUGUGGAUAUACGACGGGGUGCUUCUGGCCGUGCCGUUACUUCUCAUCGCCAAAAUUGGCCUUGUCAUCGGUGCAUGGAGGCUGGACCGAUCACACCGCGGCAACGACAUUGAUCUCGUCAGCAAACUCACCACUUUCUUGAUCGAGUUCAACGGACAGAUGACCACCGCUUUCACCAUCGUGUUCGUCACGGUCAUAUCGACGUUGGUGCGGCGAUAUGCUUUGUGGAAAGCCCAAAGUGGGGCUCGAGUGUCAGAGCUCGAGCAGCUUCAGGGAAGCAUUAGUCUUCCGAGCACGAUCAAACUGAUCUGGUCUUUACGUGCCUUCACAACCACGAGCGUUGCCCUAGUUGCUCUCUGGUCGUUCUACUAUCUAGGCAGCCAGGCCAGCAAGCUCGAAUUCCAACGGGUCAGUUCCGGAUCUUUUCACAAGAUGGAUGGCUACAUUGCGGGGCCGAACUACGUUUCUGGCUUCAACGACGCAUCUUCUUCGUUCAAUGUCGCCGAUCUAAACGCCGCUCUGAUUGCCGCCGAAGGCUUCGCAAAUCCAGAAUACCAAUCAAUAGCGUCGUCACGCUGGGGUACCGAUUCCAUCGGGUCAGCACUUGUUCCCGACUUGAAUGCUAUUUUGGACCAGGGUUGGUCGGUAAACGGUGCUGCAUACGUCCCCGCCCAUCCUGGCCGCCAUGGAUGGGUUAAUGUUGCUCAUCAAUCGCUGCUACACAGCGCGGGUGACUACUCGUCUUUCGUCGGAAGGCCGGUUUACUUUUCCCUCGCCUACGAUUCGGCCGGCGUCAUGGCUAUUCAGGUGAACAACGUCCUGGGGGACUACACCUAUCAUACAAAAUACUUGUCGGUCAAUUGUGGCCGCCCGUCGAUCUUACCAUAUGAGUCCUUCCCUAGUGGAACAUACAUGAAUCAGUCCAUCAGUUUCAACAUGACCGAGGUCCGAGCCGACGCGCCUCGAGAUAUUCAAGGCCAUCCACUUCGUGAGUUCACGUUGGCGACGCGUUGGAUACCGUACAACGACCAGGGCAUCACGUCAUAUGGUAGCUCGCGACAGACGUGUAACAUUACCUAUGUCAACGUCGACAUGAAAGUCCACUGUGCAGCACCAGGAUGCUUUCCGAGCAAAUUGCGCUACGCCAACAACACUUCUCGCCGGAACGCCACCUCGUUCAACACGCCCUUUCAUGACGAUGCUUUCGCCGCUGAAUUCUUCAGCGCUCUCCUACUCUCUCGUGGCGCACAACUCAAUGUUUCGAUGCCCACGACGACCGGAGCCAAUCUGGUCUUGGGCCUUCAAAAUUUCAUCGGGCCGCCUCCAGGUUACACCGGGCAGCAGGAUAACUACGAGGCUUUUUUGGCAGCCGAACCGCGAGGCCUCCAGGCGCCGCUCACGCUCUACUUCAACAGCUACUACAUGCUUUCGCAGAGUUUGACCGGCACUGGGCCGACCUUUAGCAGCGACGACCCGAACUUCCAACCCGUACGACUCCAUGGUGCGUUGUACGAUCCGCAUUAUGCGAUAUUGUGGGGCUGGAUCGCCGUCGAUUUUGUCUCGUGCACUAUCCUACUGAUCGCCGCCAUCGUUGCAUGCUGGUUACGCACCAGGACUCUGGCGCCGGAUAUUUUCGGUUACGUCUCCAGCCUGACAAGAGACAACCCUCACAUUGAACUACCUGACAAUGGCACAACCCUGAGUGGCCUGCAGCGAGCUCGACUUUUGCGGGAUGUCAAGGUCAAGAUUGGUGAUGUCAGUUCGCCGGACGAGGAGACAGGCAGAGUUGGUCUUGCCCAGGUGCAGACAACCAGCGGAGUGCCGGUUGCGAAUCUGAAACCCACGGUUGCUUAUGUUUGAUGGCCUGAGUGGAUGAAGCGACGACACUAGCGAGCUGUCAGACCAAAUUCCCAUGACACGAAGAUAAUGAUAUUUUAUUUAUUACGACCUAUUUUACCAG